UGGAGUACAAUCAGGAUUGAUUUUCAUAAAUCUUGAAGACAUGGCGGACAAAUUACGACGGGAUCCAAAACAUAAGGAUUUUAUCAAUGUUAUUUGUGGUUUUGGAUACACAGGGAAGAAACUUGAACCAUAUACGAGAAAUCGGCUACAAAACCUACAUCAACAGAUCUAUGGGACCUCAGCAGGACUGCCAAGAUGCCAAAACAAAUGUAGUUUGUCUUGCAAGUUAAACUUUAAGAGAUGGUGUAAUACAUGUUCAAAAUGGAGAGGAGAACUACUCAAGUCAAGAACGCUUGGUAAAGUAGAAUGGGAAAAAACGGAAUCAUGGAAUUGGCCGGACUCAUACGAAAACAUUGUGGAAGUAUUCCUACCUUACAACUGGAACGGAAACAAUAGAGUACAGUUAUCUGAUAUAUCAACACAAUGCCAUAUCUGGAGCACUUGUACAGCGUUCAAAUUAAAUCAAACUUUUAUCAAAAAUGCAAAAACUGAACGAAAUUUGAUAUUUCACAACGCCAGCCUACGGGUUUCAGAAGUAGAAAAAUCAACAGCAUUUGAUGCACUUAAAGAUCUAAUAAAAGACCCAGACACUCACGCCUAUGUUGAUGUAAAUAAAUGCUUAAAUAAGUUGAAUGACAUUGAAAAUGAUGACAGAGAAAGUAAAUUCCAUGAAGAGUGGACAAAAUUUGAAAGUUCUGCCAAUGAAAGACAACGUAACAUUGAAGAAAAACUCCUUGAAAUUUCAAGUCAGCUGACUGAGAGUUUUAAGCUCAACCAAGUUUUGUUUCUGAAAGUUGGGCGUGUCACUGACUUCGUCGAUAAACUCAAUAAAAACGUAUGUUCAGUUUUGACAAACAAAACCAUGUUUAUAUUCAUUGCAGCGACCUUAGCAUUCGCUAUUUACUACAAUACUCGUCUUGAAAGCACCGAACGAGGAAAUAGGACAGUCGAUGAUCAAGGUGACUGCUUCUCGGAAAACUAUAGUUAUCCAUUUGAACAAGAUCUACCCUUGCUGGAUUACGUACGGGAUUAUAAAAAACUCGUCGGCAGAAAAUGGCUGUUUCAAUUAUUCGAAAGAAAACUACUGCAUGUUAAAACAUCGUCUCGCGGGAUAGUCUCUGUUGCAGAAUUCGGAUAUGGAAAAUCUGCGAUCAUUUCCCAUUUGCUCUGCGCAAAGCAAGGUGAAAAGGGGCGAUUUCUGAGAGACCAUGUGACUGCAUUUCAUAUCUGUAAAUAUGACGUUGCUAGCACACAAUCACCAGAGAGAUUCAUCAGACGUAUGGUGGGAUUCUUUGCAACGCGAAUCCCGGAAUACGGCAGUAUAAUUUCCUUGCUUUCCGAAGCAUCUGUUUUGUAUGACAGCGAAAAAUGUGCCAAGGAGCUAGAAGCUUGCUUUGAUCAGGCCAUCAGAAUUCCAUUUAAGAAAAUUAAAACUGAAUCUUCUACCAGGAUAAUAGUUAUAGAUGCGCUUGAUGAAUGCUAUCAUUCGUCCAAAAAUAAGAAUUUUAUCUUAGAUUUACUGUCAACACGUAUUCAGUAUUUCCCGAAAUGGAUACAAUUCCUUAUAACAACAAGAGAUAUGGUACUAUUGCAGACUUUGCGAAAGUUAAAAAGAUUACAUCUUUUAACAAAUGAUUCCAACAAUCUGAAAGAUAUCGAAGAAUACGUCGAAAUGAUUUAUAAAGAAAGUUCUGGUAUUGUCUAUUCUAAAAGUCGGACAGUCAUGAAACAUUUACGUGAAAGCAGUGAAGGCAACUUUCUCUAUAUCAUACAUGCUUUACAAUAUAUUGAAAGCCCAGAAUUUAAUGGUACAUUGCCUGAAUUACCAUUGUCUCUAGAAGAUAUCUAUGAAUUAAACUUUGACCGACAAUUUCAAGGUGGCAAAACAUUCAGCAUUGCAAAAGUAAUUCUUGAAGUUAUAUGUGCAAGUUUAACACCACUUAACAAAAUAGGUAUCUACGACAUAUUGAAAAAUAGUGAGACUAUGAACACGACAUUUACAGAGUUUGAACAGGAAUUUGAAAAGCUAACAUUUUUUGUGAAAGCCGAAGACGGUGUUAUUUUGAGGCAUAAAGCAAUACACAGUUGGUUAAUAGCUUCAUCUACCGGAAGAUACAAAGUGUCACUUACUAAAGGACAUAUACUGAUUUCAAAGCACUUACUAAAGACGGUAGAGAAAGACGGAACGGGGGACAUUUUGCCUUUGGUGAUUCAUCUGAGUAAUUCUAAAGACCAGUCACUACGAAAGGUUUUUCUUUCCUUUGAUAUCAAAAAGGUUAUGUAUUUCGAGGAGGAAAAUGUCCUUCAAAAUCUAAUUAGUAUGACAAAUUCUGAAGAUGCACUUGAACUUCUUUUAUCUCACCAUCUGGAUGUAAACAUUAUUGGCAAAAAUGGAGUAAGCCCAGCAUUUCAUGCGGCAGCUAAAGGACAUCUUAGUCAACUUAAGCUACUCCUUCACAAAGGUGCGGACUUGCAUUUUGUUGUAAACUCUUGUAGACGCUGUAACACAUACUUAAAUGAUAUAACAAAUGCUAUAGAGGAGAUAAAGACAACAUUCUAUUCUGGAUAUGGAUUACUUCAUAUAGCAGUUCAGCACGAAUCUACUGACGUUACCAAGUAUUUACUUGAGGAGAUUUCUUUGGAUCUCGAAAACGCUUUAGGACAACGGCCAAGUGAUAUAGCCUGCGAAAUUGGAGAUAUUGAAGUCGUGAAAAUGCUUAUGUCUAAUAAAUCAGAUGUUAUAGAUAAUAAGUGCUUAUAUUUAGCUACAAAGAAUGGUCACUUCGAUAUAGUAAAGUACAUUCUAGAUUCAGGUUUCCGCCCCAGCUGUAUCGCAAAUAAAACUGCGACGAAUGAAUUAGAUAGAAUAAUGCAGUCUUGUAAAUGUGAAAAUAGCCCACGUGUUAUUUCUAGUCAAGUAAGACCUUUGGACACGUGGUGGAUCGUCCUCCAAGAAACGCCGCUUCAUUAUGCAAUACGGUCUGGUCACUCAAAGAUCGCUAAGUAUAUUACAGAAAAAACAAAGCGGUUGAACAGAUGUACCGAUGCAUAUGGUUAUACACCUUUCUUACUAGGGAUAAAGCACGAUAGAUAUCAAAUAACUCGCAUGUUGAGAGACAGCGUGUCUAAGGAUAAAUGUUCUUCUUCUGCAGCCUUUUUGACACAAGGAAACGUCGCUGGUUAUGGUACAGUGAUUUAUGAAAAGGGCGAGGAUAUUUGUCCCGAAGGUGCUACAUUUGCACAUUUAAUUGCAGUAUAUGAUCGGACAAAAGUGCUUGACAUUUUUGAAAAUGAUAAAGAUCUAAAAUGGAAUAUCAUAGACAAGUCUGGCAACAGGCCUAUCCAUUAUGCAGCAAGACAUGGUAGUAUAGGUUUUAUGCGAUUUAUGUCUACGAAGUUUGGCAAGAUUGCGUUCGAAGAAAGGUCAAGCAAUGGAUCAACGGCUUUCCAUGCUGCGGCUAUAAGUUGUUCUGAGCUGAGCUUAAAAGUACUUUCAAAUGAUUUCCAUGACACUGUAACGGACUUCAAAGAUAACGAAAACAGAAGUUUAAUUCAUUAUGCUUUAAUGUGUGAACGCGGCAGAUAUUUAGACUAUCCUCAGUAUAGACUUACCUUUCAAAGUCAAAAAUAUUUAUUUUCCCUGACAAAUAUUUCACAUGUUGAUAAUGAUAGUCGAAACAUUCUUCAUUAUAUUCUGAGGUUCGGGCAGGACGAAAUGCUUCAUUAUCUUCAAGAUAAGUUUACAAACCAAUACAAACGUAUGCUCAAUUCAGAAGAUAAAUUUGGAUUUACUCCAGUAGCAUCUACAAUACAUUUUGCACCAGAUGUAAAUGCUAUGUUUUCGUCUGAUAUUAAAAAAGAACUGUUUAAUGGCGAAAGUAUAAAUACAGGAAAUGAGCGAACUAAACGUUUGCUCUACCAUUGGGAAAUCUGUCUAAUUAACAUUCUGAAAUCUUCUUUUCAAGAGAAUGCCAGUUCCUAUUUCAUAAGAGACUUUGACCGAAUAAUUGUAAAGAGUCCAUUUUUGACCAAAGCUGUUUUAACAAAUUCUCUAUUAGCGAAUUCCUCAAAUCUUGAUGCCUCUUAUGUGAAGAAACUCAUUGUAAACGGUAUACGGAUGGCCCGGUUUUCAAAUCGUGAGCACAUCUUAGCAUUGUCAGUACAAGCAAUUUCAUAUGUCUUGCCUAAAAUUCUUCAUGACUGUGGAAAAUCUUUGUUUCGUUCACCUUUGCAUUAUAUUGCAUUAACUUUUCCGUGGACACUAGACAAACAUAGAGACCAGUUAAAUGUAUUCUAUAAUAUUUCUAAUAUUUCCAAGAAAGCUAUGAAUGAAAUGGACUUGCACUGUAGUACAAGCAAUGGAUUGAAUCUCCUUCAUUAUUGCAUCAAAGGAGGCUAUAUUAAACUAGCAAAUUAUCUGAUAAAAAGAAAAUUACCAAUAGUAAAUGAGAAUGUGUCUGCCACUGAUGUUCUCUACAUGACUGUGUUUGCAAGGUUUAACGACAAAGUAGAAUAUAACAAUUCGAUUCAAUAUUCGAAUGUGGAUACUUUUUUGUCGAAAUUCAUAAAGGAAAGAAAAUCAGAGAUGAAGGAAAGUGAUUUCUGUAGUAAUAAACCUAAUAAAUUGUCGUUGGUGCAUAUGUUUGCUGUAAAUGGAAUGGACAGAGCUCUUAAAACGGUUGCAGAUUUGUACGGUAUUGGAAUCACACAUUGUAAAAACAUUCAUAACUUUACUCCAAUGUACUUUGCGCAUUUGUUCGGCAGAGAGUCAGUUAUAGAAUUUCUGGAGAAAAAAUCUAAUUUCAUCUUCCCGGACGAAAGCGCUGCGGAAUUUCUGUUGCUUAACAUCAUAAACAAUUUUCCGCAAAUGAGAAGACAAAACCCUUUUCGCUGCUUGACCUCGAAAAGAAUGAGCACUCUAAAUACGAGAGCUCUUAUACAAAACUAUCAAUGUUUAAAGACAUUUUACGAAAUGCAGUUUGUAACUUUAAAUAAAUAUUUUAUUCACAAUCUUGUGUAUGCUAGAGAGGGCCUCUACUUAGUUGGAAAGUUUGUUCUGAAUUAUUUAGAUUUAAAGAGAAUAUAUAAGGAUUCAUUUGGAAAUCAAACUAUAUCAGUCUGUAGUAAAUUUGUAAAAUCAGUGAUAAAAGGUAAAGAAGCAUUGACCGGGAUUAAAAACUGGAGUGAAAUUCGAAAUAAUGAUCUUUCCUGGACAAGUUUAUAUCCUUUCCUGAAAAAUAUUCGCAUUUCUCUGGAUUUACCUUCUGAUUCGAAGUUGAUUCCGUUCGUUCAAGCCAAAGUUCAAACAGACUGUUCAUCUCAGAGUGAUCGGUAUACAUGGCAUACAGUUAUGUACCUAGAACGAACACUUAGAACAGUCAUUCAGAAUUUACAAGACAUAACAGUCUUAAUAGCGCUUAUGGACCAAAAAGCGUUUGUGAGAAUACAAAAUAUGCCAUUAAGAUUAAAUGUCCUAGAAAGGAAUAUUUUACCCAACUUAACUGAAUUUGGCUUUUCUGCAUGCCACGAAUGCACGUCUUGUUUAGGGCCGAACGUCGUUUAUAUCGUAAAUCGCUUCCGUUACUUGAAUAUUUUAAAGUCAACAAUAACAUACAAACACAUUGACAGAAACAGGAUAGAUGGUCAAUUCCUUCUGAGUAAAAAUGAAAGAGAACAGUUGCAUAAGAACACGCAGUUUAUAUACAAGAUGAUGCGUAGAGCAAAAAGAAGACAGAAAUGGAUGCCAGUACAUUUCAAAAGUGAAAUGACAAACCACAUUAAUUUAAUUGCCAUUGUAACUGAUGAAAGAUAAUAAUGAAGCGGAAGAAAUUAUCUCUUCCGGAUUCCUUAAAUAUAAAUCAUUUCAUUUAUUUUGACUUAAAUCUAGUUGCAACAUUUUUAUAUGUGUGCUUACUAUUAAAGUGCAUGUAAAAGGCUUUGUCAAACCGAGCCUAAUUUCUUGAUUAGAUGCUCUAAAUGUUUUAAAGUUUGCCUUUGUGUAUGAAAUAUUUCAUUUUUUUUUAUGUAUGCGCGAUCAUUUUCGGUUUCAAAAUAUCCAUAUAUCUCAUAGCCAUAUGGAAUCUGCGAAAAAUAAAUAUACAGAUAGAAAUCUAAACACGGCAGCCCGUUGCCUUGAACUGUAAUAGUACGAAUCUACGAUGUUGAUGCAACAUGUGAUGUGUAGAAGUACUCAGCAAUAUAUUGCCAAAUAUCAUAACAUGCAUGCAUUGUUUCAUGACAUUAAAAUGAUCUUCAUAAAAUGAAAAACAUAUGUGUGAUAAUCUUUUAUUUCUCUUUUUUAAUCUGACUUGUAAUGUUCGGUUUUAUAUAUGUUAAAUACAUAUAUUUAUAUCA